CGAUUUUCCCAGCGAGUUUAAGGUUUCUAGGUUGAUUUAUACUAAUUCGGGACUUGCCAUCCUGGCGUUAGCAUCAAAUGCUGUACACAAGCUUUGGAAAUGGUCAAAGAAUGAACAGAAUCCCUCAGGGAAACUGCUAGUGCACCGCCACAACUGUGGCAACCUUCAAGUGGAAUAUUAAUGACCAAUGAGAUAAAUAAUACUACUUCUGAAGAUGCUGUUCCAUGCUUUGCGCUCUCGAAGAAUGAUUCUUAUGUUAUGUCAGCAAAGAGGAUACUGCCUAUUCAUGACUCGAAAUAUGGAUAUGAUGGUGAAAGAGUUAACUACCUGAAGUGAACGACAAAUAGGCUGAAACCGCUGAACAAAACGAGGUUGAUCGGGAUAUGCCACAUGCAUGCUCUUUCAGAAUUUUGAGGGCUUUAAAUAUUGGGCAACUAGCAUGCCAAAGUCAUUGAAGUUCCCCUUGAAGUAUCAAAACAGGAGUUCUUUGAGUAAAAUUCAAAUGGAGAAUGGCCAUCAUGCUAGUUUCAGGGGUGCCUUGAUUGUUCUAGAAGGUUUGGAUCGUAGUGGAAAGACUUUGCAAUCUACUAGACUACUCUCUCACUUGGAGGGACAAAGAAUUUCAGUUGAGCUUUGGCGUUUUCCUGACAGAAGCAUGUGUGUUGGGCAAAUGAUAUCUUCCUACCUCUCUAACAAAUCACAAUUGGAUGAUCAAUCAAUUCAUCUUCUUUUCAGUGCAAACCGUUGGGAAAAGAGGUCAUUGAUGGAGACUAGACUAAGGAGUGGAACCACACUUAUCGUUGAUCGUUACUCUUACUCUGGGGUAGCUUUCUCAUCUGCCAAAGGACUCAAUAUAGAAUGGUGUUAGGCUCCUGAGAUGGGGUUGCUGGCUUCAGACCUAGUGGUGUACCUUGACAUACCACCUGAGAAAGCAGCAGAGAGAGGAGGUUAUGGAGGUGAGAGAUAUGAGCAGUUGGAGUUCCGAGGGAAAGUCGCCCAACACUAUCAGAUUCUUCAUGAUGCCACAUGGAAGAUUGUUGAUGCUUGCUGCCCCAUAGAAGAUAUAGAGAAACAACUAAUAGAACUUGCGAUGGAUUGUGUUAGCACCUGUCAUAAGGGGAAACCUCUCUCUCAACUCUGGCUAACAUAGUACCUUUUUUUGGCUGGAUGCUACAGUGAGAGUAGUGGGAUGUAAAUGUGGUUAUGAUCUUCGUGUGGUUGUCCCCAUUUUACUGGCCUACUGCCGCAGUAUCUUAAACUAGAAUUGUGAUCUCCUAUGGAGUAAUGGAUUAUACAUCAUAAACCCGCUCUUGUAUGUGCAUUCCUAAGACUUGAUGAAUGAAAACGAGACAAACUGCCUGCUACCUACUAGUAGGAUGGUUUAAGGGAGUUUUUAGAUUAA